AUUGACAAAUGGAGUACUAUAUUGAAGCCCAAGAUGACGAGGACAAGAAGCUGGACUACCUCUCGAAGAUAAGACAGUAUUGGGAGAAGAGCAAUAAUCCUAAUUCAGAGACCUUAAGCAGGUAUUUUCUAUGGAAAAUGAUGAGAGAAGCUGAAGACUCUAAUGAUAACAUUGAGCGAGCUGUAGAAGGCAAAUUUUGACCUACCUGUGGGAGUCUUUAUGUUCCCACAGUAAAUGCAAAAAUUAAAACUAAAACAAAAAGUGGCAAAAAGAGAAAAACAGUUGUUUCUAUAAAGUGUCUCAAAUGCAAAAACACACACUCUUUUAUUCUAUAAAUUUCAAUUUUGUAUCA